AUGGUAUUAUUCAAAUGGUCUAUAAGCCUUCUACUCUCAGCUCUAUGCCUGAUGAGUUUGAAUCAUGCAUCAUCGGCAUUCACAUCAAUCCCAUUUCUAAGCUCCUCUCCCAGUAAAUUCGCCCAGUCAAACACGAAUGUUUACGGCAUUGAAGAAUGGAGACAGGAAGCACGAACGCUGAACAAGCUAAUAGAAGAACACCACGACGACCACGACGACGACGACGAUGAUGAUGAUGAUUCGGACAAUGAAGUGGUCGGAUCACUCCCGAUUCAUUUGAUGGAUGUCAGCAAGGUUGCCCUUCAAGGAGAAAAAUUGUAUCUCCAAUUCACCCAAGAUGAAGAACUCCGCCUCUUUCAACAAGCCGUAGAUUGUCAUCAUGGAAUGUUUGGGCUGGGAUUUCUUACCACCACCUACUAUGAGGAGAGCUCAAGUGAAGUGGAAGUCUUGUACGAUACCAUUUCUUUGGUAGAGAUCCAAGACUUUCGAUUAAUGGGAGAUGAUUUUGGAAUUCUCUUGGUAGCCCAAGUGGUUGGUCGAGCAUUGAUCCUACAGACCAACGCGAACGACGAUUCAGGACCUGAAGGAGGCCUCUCGCCCAAGGAGCCACUCAAGGCGGUGUGCGAAGAAAUUGUCAACAGGGAGGAAAUCAAAUCAUUGGACGAGGCCAUCAAGAUGGCUAAAGCUGUGGUGUCACUCGUGGAAGACGUAAGUAAAGUGGAACGACAGCAGAGAUUACAGUCGGAGGAUGCAGACGACGUGGAUGAAGAAGAGUCGCGGCUGGAUCGCUUCCACGAAGCUGUGCAGAAUGCGCUCUUGGUGUCCCAAAAACAAGGUGGGGCUUUCCAAAACGGAGCUAGUGAGUGGGACAAGCUGGAUGCAAUCAGCUGGGCUGCAUUCUCCACGAAUGAAUGUUUGUCAAAUGACAAGACCUUUCGACUCGCGGCCCUUGACAACCACUGCAUGACCAAUCGGCUGCAGCUUGCCACGUAUUGGCUGUCCGAUGUGCUGCAGGAUAUAAAACAAGCUAGCUAA